AUGGCUCAACACGGUACCAAUGGGAUAACUCAAAAUGGCAUCAGCAAGGCUGAAACCGAGCCCAUCGAAUUAUGGCGACAUCCUCGCCCGGAGGCGACCGAAUUUCAUGCUUUCCAGCAGCAUGUCGCGAAAAAGCACAACCUCUCAGUAGGUACAUACAGUGACCUAUGGCAAUGGAGCGUGGAUCAUCCCAGCACUUUCUGGGAGGAGAUAUGGCAUUAUACUGGAAUCAAGGCACACAAACAAUACGAAUCAAUCCUUGACGAGUCUCUCCCCAUGUUUCCAAAGCCCACCUUCUUUCCUGGUUGCGAACUGAACUUUGCCGAAAACCUGUUGUUCCCCUCUUCGAAUCCACCUCCAGACUCUGCAGCCAUCAUCGCAGCCAGUGAAAACACUCGGGAGGAAAUGACCUGGUCAGAGUUGCGUGAGCGGGUGCGGUUAUGCGCUGCAGCGAUGGAGACACAUGGUGUGAAGCAAGGGGAAAGAGUAGUGGGAUACCUCGGAAAUCAUGCCAAUGCAGUGGUGGCCAUGCUUGCAGCGACCUCUUUAGGUGCGAUAUGGUCAGGAGUCAGCCCUGACACUGGUGUCCAUGCGGUCCUCGACCGGCUGCGUCAAGUCGAGCCCGUCCUGAUCUUCGCCGACAAUGGUGUAACAUAUAAUGGCAGGACACACGAGACUCAUAGCAAAGUGGCUCAUGUCAUUGCCGAUUUGCCAUCAAUACGGAACGUUGUCAUUUUCGAAACACUACCCGACCACCACUUUGACCUGGCGUCGCUCGAACGGCAUCCUAACACGACGGUCGAGACUUAUUCCUCUUUCCUUUCCAAAGGAGAUGCCUCAAGGCCUCUACAGUUCACCUACCUCCAUCCCGACCACCCAGUUUACAUCCUGUACUCCUCCGGUACUACUGGCGUUCCCAAACCAAUCGUACACGCCGCUCUGGGCACCCUUCUACAGCACAAAAAAGAACAUCUUAUACAGUCUGAUAUCAAGCCUGGUGACAGGCUACUCUACUUCACCACAGUCACAUGGAUGAUGUGGCACUGGUUAGUGUCUGGUCUUGCCAGUGGAGCGACGAUUGUGGUAUACGAUGGCUCUCCAUUCCAGCCGCACAAGGAAAUGAGCAUGCCUUUGCUGAUUGACGAGUUGAAAAUCAACCACUUCGGGACUUCUGCCAAGUACCUGUCUGUUCUCGAACAAGCCAACGUCGUUCCCCGGAAAGCGAGUCCGCACGGAGCGACGCUCGAAUCACUCAAAUCGAUCUUCUCCACUGGAUCACCUUUGGCGCCGAGCACCUACGUGUACGUCUACGAAAAGUUGUCACCGCCUGCACCACAUCCUGGCGUUCUUUUGGGCUCCAUUACAGGAGGUACAGACAUUAUCUCGUUGUUUGGCACACCUUGUCCGGUACUCCCAGUGUAUGUCGGGGAGAUACAAUGCCGAGGCUUGGGCAUGGCAGUGAGGGCCUUUUCACCGGAUGGAAAGGACGUCACGUCCACGGGAGAGCCAGGAGAGCUUGUUUGCACAGUGCCAUUCCCGUGUCAACCGUGCAUGUUUUGGCCAGCUGGUCCCAAAGGUGAAGCCCGGUACAAGUCUUCGUAUUUCGAAGUUUUCAAGGACCAAAAGACGGGAUAUCCCAUCUGGACCCACGGAGACUUUGUCCGCAUCAGCCCGUCGACGGGCGGGAUCUGGAUGCUUGGGCGCUCGGACGGUGUGCUGAACCCAAUGGGUGUCCGAUUUGGGUCUAGCGAGAUCUACAACAUUGUUCUCAAGCAUUUUGGAGCAGAAGUCGAAGAUGCCUUGUGCAUAGGACGCAAGCGCGAGCAGGAUGUGGAUGAAGUGGUGGUUCUGUUCCUCAAAAUGUCAAAUGGCCACAAGUUCUCAAGCGAGCUUGUCCAUAGGAUCCAGGCGGUGGUCAAGAAAGAAUUGAGCGCACGACACGUGCCCAAGAUUAUAGAUGAGUGUCCUGAAAUCCCGGUCACUACGAACGGGAAGAAGGUGGAAGGCGCUGUCAAGCAGAUCCUGAGUGGUAUGAACAUCAAGACCAGCGCGAGCGUGGCCAACAGCGAAUGUUUGGAUUGGUUUAGGGAAUGGGCGGAAUCAAACUAG